AUGGAUCACACGUUCAAAGUGGCCUGUAACAUUGGUUUGAAGAGGAAAUCAGAUAGUAAAUGGGAAACCCUGUAUGACUCAUUAUUUUGUGUCAUGAAUGAAAAGGGACAGGUAAUGGGGUGGCAGUUUACUAAAGGAACUUCAUUUGAAAGUGUUAGGAAACUCUUACAAGGAAUUAAGAAACGUUGUGACAAAAAGAAACAGAUCGUUCGAAGUUGUUAUAUUGACAAUUGUUGUGCUUGGAGGAAAAAACUCCAAGGUAUUUUUACAUCCAAUUGCAGUGUUAAGCUGGACCUCUUUCAUGCCGUGUCAAGGGUGGUUACCGAGAUGCCUAAAAGACACCCUUUUCAUGGUGCAUGUUCUAGGGAUUUCACACUAGUUCUGAGGAGCAUCGAUGAUUACGGACCAAUCAGAAAGAAAACAACACCGGUGGCUAGCAUCAUUCUUGGCAAUAUGGAUACUUUUCAGCAAAAAUGGAAAAGUAUAGCAUAUGAAGAAAGACCAAUAAGAAACAUUAAAGCACUUGAUGAAUUAAGAAAGCUACAAAACCAUAUAACAAAGGGGUGCUUAUCAGAAAUCCCACCAGGUUGUGGUUCAGAAAGAAACGAAAACCUACAUAAAUGGCUAAGAAACGUUGUCUUUCGUAACAGACUUUCUGUCCCACUCGCUUUAGCCUUAUUCACCACUUAUUUUUAUGUGUGGAAUGAGAAACGUCAACAUGGUAGUAGUGUGGUAGUCUCUCCCAUAGAAUGUCUGAUACUGGGUGAACCAUCAGACAGUCCUCAGGCUGAAUCAUUCGGUAUUCCACAAAGUACAGAAUCGGAACAGGGCAUACCUAGCGUAUUCUUGGAAGAGUGCCAACAGCAUCUCUGUGAUGAAGAGGAAACUGGCUUGAAUUUCUCUGAUGUUGCAGGAAAUGAAGGAGAGUCAAUUGACCAAAAUAACUUGACUAAAGAAGAGCUUCAUUCCAUCAUUGACCAGACCCUUAUUCUCUAUAAUCAGUACCAGGCUCUUAAAAAAGGAGGACUACUUUCCGUACUUAAUCCGCGUUUUGUGAACCUAAUGCACCAGCAGACUCUGUUUGCAUUUGAUACACUGAAUUGCAAAAGAGAUAACUUGGAUGGCAAUAUCAACAAACUGGACCCUUUCGUAUCCGGUCUAGGGUUUCAAAUUGUACCAGUCCCAAAAGAUGGUGACUGCUUGUUCACAUCAGUUAUUUUUCAGCUUGAUCAGAUGGGGCCUCUAUCAGACAGUAAUGAUCUCUCAGCUUUUAUCGAGAUACUGAAGCUAUGUGGUACCACGUUGGACAAAGUUCUACUCCUGAGAGGGAAACUGGUUGAUGAGUGGCUUAGUAACAAAGAAGAAUAUGAGAAGUUCCUUGUGGACACUGAACUUGAGGACAUGGCACCUGAUUACAGAAAUGCAGGUAUCUUCACCGGUCAGCUAGGGAACAUGAUGUUGCUGGGACUAGCUAAUGUUUUAAAAAUGUCUUUUGUGGUGUUUACAUCAAUGGAACAUUUUCCAGUUAUACCUGUUUCUCCAAGGACAAGACCUAUUACGGCAGCUCCCAUAUACCUUGCUUACAAUCAUGCUGGACCAGGUCACUACGAUGCAGUGAUUUUUAAUGAAACAAUAACUGCAGCCUCAUCAGAUGAUCCAAAUCCCAAAGAAGUGCAAGACGCACCAUCCAAGGUGGGCGGAUGCAGAUGUGGAAAAGGUGCUGCACAUAAGAGAACUGCUGAUGGAGCAAUUAAAUCAUUUUGUGUCCAGAUAGCAGGGGAACGCAGAGUGUCUUGCCCUUGUUUUCUCGCCCAGCAAGGCUGCAAUAAUUGCACAUGUUUUAACUGCGCCAAUCGGUAUGGAAAGCAGGACAAUUCUGAAAACAAAGACUUGAAAGGAAGACAAAGGAACCGAGAUGAACAUUUUGUUCAAGAAAACAGUGUAAGCAGUAAGCAGUUAAUUAAAGAAAGGAAUGUUAAUAUAUCGAAAACGUCAUGGUCUGAACUGGAAACGCUUUUAUUUGAGAGUGUAAUUAAUGAAAUUACAAGAAAGCCAGAUGGAGAUGUCUUGUCCACCGAUGUUUCAUAUUUAAUGAAGACAUUUAAUUCUAUAUGCAACAUAAUCAAUUCCAGCUCUCUACCAAUCCCAGUAAAUGGGAAAACUAUCAAACAAAUAGAGGGCAAACUGAAACAUUUAAUUCAACAGACAACUUUGUUUAGGGAGUUGUACAUGAAUCAAGUUUCAUUUAACAUGUCACGCUGA